GAAAGAGUGAACGAACCGGUUUAUAAGUAUCAGAAUAGUAUUUGUAGGUCUUUUUUGACAAAAGUGUUCCAGCGAGAUUUCUAAAGGACGCAAGAAAAAAGUGUGUGCGGAAAAGUGACGAGAUGAUAUGUGUGGUUAGCUGCAAAUUUGAUACAUAUAAUUUUAGUCGCAAUCUGUGUUCCUCACUCAGUUUGGGUUCCAUUAGAGUAGGAAAGCCACAAAGGACGCAAGAAAAAAGUGUGCGGAAAAGUGACCAGAUGAUGUGUGUGGUUAGCUGCAAAUUUGAUACAUAUAAUUUUAGUCGCAAUCUGUGUUCCUCACUCAGUUUGGGUUCCUGUAGAGUAGGAAAGCCACAAAGGACGCAAGAAAAAAAGUGUGUGCGGAAAAGUGACCAGAUGAUGUUUGUGGUUAGCUGCAAAUUUGAUACAUAUAAUUUUAGUCGCAAUCUGUGUUCCUCACUCAGUUUGGGUUCCUGUAGAGUAGGAAAGCCACAAAGGACACAAGAAAAAAAGUGUGUGCGGACCAGUGACCAGAUGAUGUGUGUGGUUUGCUGCAAAUUUGAUUCAUAUAAUUUUAGUCGCAAUCUGUGUCCCUUACUCAGUUUGGGUUCCUGUAGAGUAAGAAAGCCACAAAGGAAACGUGAGCCAGAGGCUGAAACCUCUCGUCCGGUCGCACCAGGAACGGACAGAAGUGGUCGGACAGCAUUGCACUGCGUUGUAGGGCAGUAGAAGAUGAAGAUGUGGAGGGUUGAAUGAACUGCUGAGCGAAGGUUUCGACACCCGUGCCCCGGGUCUAGGCGAUGGAUACCUCUCCAAUUCGCUCUGCUUCUGUGCAAGGAAACUACAACAGGCUCAGGUGUAGUGGACAUUUUACUUUAUGCUGACGGCACGAACAAUGAACAAGAUGAAUCUGGUCUUACUCCGAUUCAUCUUGCUGCUCGUCAGCAUCCAUCAAAAUUGUAAAGAAGCUGCUGCUCAGUGGCGUCCAUCCCCAUGUGAAGGACGACAAUAGAACUUAUACAAUCCACUUGGCUUUAAGGAGAGGAGAGAAGUGAAAUACUGCUUUUUAAAUAGUUCCUUGUGUUGACAGGUCGUCGUUUUUUUUUUUUUUUUUUUUUUUGAGGAAACACAGCUCCGUUCCAUGUUGUGUUG